UUUUUGUAUUCCUUCACCCAAGAGUCAACUGUAACAAAAAUCGCUCAACAAUGCCUGCUGCAACCACUAGCGCUACUACCUACGCCCUUGUGCAAGACCCGUCGCCUGGAACUCCCAUUGAGCCUACCCCUUCGGAGGUCAAGCAGGGAUAUGCUACCUUUGAGAAGAACCCCACCACUCUGCCCAAGCUGUUCCAGCCACUGAAGAUCCGCAACACCACGUUCAAGAACCGCCUGUGGGUUAGCCCCAUGUGCAUGUAUUCUGCAGAGGAUGGGUUCGCCAACGACUUCCACCUGGCGCACUAUGGCCAGCUUGCCAUGCGCGGUCCUGGUGCCAUUAUCAUGGAGGCCACAGCUGUCCUGCCUGAGGGACGCAUUACCCCCAACUGCCUUGGUAUCUGGAAGGAUGACCAGAUUGCCGGUCUCAAACGCAUUGUCGAUUUCGAGCAUCAGUUUGGGACCACUGCGGGAAUCCAGAUUGGUCAUGCUGGUCGCAAGGCCAGCACCAUUCCCCUCAGCCAGUAUGGCAAACGCCCGAGUCUCCGCGCCUCGGGUGAAGAGGGUGGCUGGCCCGAGAACGUCUACGGCCCGUCGGCUAUUCCAUUUGAUGACCAACACUGGGAGCCGAAGGAGAUGACGCUUGAGCAGAUCGAGAAUGUCCAGCAGGCGUUUGUUGAUGCUGCUGUGCGCGCUGACAAGGCCGGAUUCGAUUUUAUCGAGAUUCACGGUGCUCAUGGCUACCUGAUCAGCUCCUUCAACUCGCCGCUGUCCAACCACCGCACCGACAAGUAUGGUGGCUCAUUCGAGAACCGCACCCGGUUUGCUGUUGAGACUGUUCAGCGCAUGCGCAAGGUGUGGCCUGCUGAGAAACCUCUGUUUAUCCGUCUGUCAACCUCUGAGCUGGUCGAGGGCGGUUGGGCCCCGAAGGAUACUGUCGCGCUGGCCAAGAUCCUGCACCAGGAGGGUGUUGACCUUGUUGACUGCUCGUCGGGUGGCAACGAUGUUCGUCAGAAGAUCUCUGCUGGCCCAGGAUACCAGGUACCUUUUGCCACUGAGGUCAAGAAUGGUGCCCCUGGCGUUCUUGCCGGUGCUGUAGGCAUCAUCCUCGAUGGUGAACAGGCCAACGACAUUCUGGAGCAAGGCAAGGCUGAUGCUAUUUUGAUCGGCCGCGAAUUCCUCCGCGACCCGACAUUCGUACAGAAGGCUUCCCAGAAGCUGGGUGUGUUUGUCAAGUGGAACGACCAGUACGAGCGUGGCCGCCCCAAGACUCACUACCUCGUUCAGUAAACCAAAUGCUUAUAAACACAAUAUAU